AUGGGACCUGCAGAGCGUGACAUAUUCUUUAAAAGAAUGUUUGCCUUUGGAAUCCCGAAAGUUAUCAUUUUCCUGGUCCUUCUGAUCUCCUGGAUGGAGGACGCCGAUGAUGUCAAGUCUGACUUUCAAGUGAUCGAAUAUUUUAGUGGCUGUGGCCGCAUAGCCCAGCUAGCUGACUAUGCUGGGAGCGUGAUUCUCAUGGUCAUGGUCAUUUGCGCAGGUGGCACCAUUUGCCUUGAAAACCCACAGAAUUCAGUGAUCACCCUCCAUGAACGAUUUGUAUGGUUUGUCAAGCUCCUACAAAGCUACAGCAUCCCAAUCUUCAAAGCUUCUUUCUGGAUGCGGAAGCACCUGGCUUUGACUUGGAAGCGCACCUGGAUGUGGGCAAACUCCAAACUUAUUGAGCAGUUGGACCUGGGCCCGCUUCAGCCAUCAGAACGGCUAACAACUGUGAAGACCACCAAAAGGACGAAAGGAAAAGAUGGGAAGACUAAGUGGCAGGGAAACCGGAACCUGAAAGGUACCCAGCAAUAUACAUAUCGCUUUGCCCGCCACAUGGUGGAACUGUUCCCAAAGUUUUUGGACAGCAAACCUGCUAGAUUGCUUCCUGUAUCAGAAGACAAGUCUGUGUUGCAGCUGUUCAAGGAGUCCAGCUUUGAUCAGCGUUGGGAUGAAUGUUGUGAUCUUCAAGACCUUUUAGUUUACUGCAGGGGUUCCAAAAGACUCCGGAUUCCUCCAGGGUGGAGGGAUGUGUUGCCCUGUGAGCUCUAA